AUUUUCCUUUGGCUCUCGUCACAUUCUCUCAAUGUUAUAUACAGAAAACCAAAGAACAGCGAGAAUCACAGUAUGCGAAGCACACAUGAUUAUAAUAUUUCCUACCUUAGACUAGGAGUAAAUCUGCAGAAAUAGAAAGAUUGGUUGCACAAAUCAAGAAUUACGAGGAUAGAAUGGACAGAUUAGAAAGACAGGUUGUUCUAAAGGAGAACGAGAUCAACAAGUUACAAGGCUCACUAGAUGUUACGAAUUCUUUGGUAGAUGAAUUUAGGAACAAGUCGAGGUUUAAAUCAGACGAGCUAGAGAAUCUUCGAGCUGAAGUCUCUUCUUAUAGGAGUAGGACAGAUAGGGAGCUUUUACAGGCAAGUUUCAACUCUAAUGAAACGCAAGUUUUAAAAGAUAAGAUAAAAGAACUUGAAUCCAAAUUACAAGAGCAGAAAGCACAGGGAACAUCUCAACUUAGAGAGAUAGAUCAGCUAAGAGCAAUACUGAUAGAAUACGAGUCCAGAAUACAAGGAGAAGCUAUGCAGGGAACCAGCAAGGCACAAGAUCUCAUUAAACUAAAGUCUCAGCUUAAAGCUCAUAAAACUAAGAUGGAAGAAUUAAAGCUACAGAUCGUAACAUUACAGACAGAGAAUGCACAGUUGAGAUCAAAUGUUAAACAGUUUAAACGAUUGGUAGAUGACUACAAAGGACAGGUAUGCACAAUAACGUUAUACGUAGUAUUCUACAUGACGGCACAGUACAGUAUACCAUGACGUCAUAAGUAGUAUUCUCUAACGGCAUUGACGUCAUUGGGAUAUGACAUGAUAUGACAUGAUAUGGGAUAUGACAAAUAUUCUACGACGUCACAGCCAAUAUUCCUGACGCAAUAGUAUAGUAUAUAUAUAUAUAUAUAUAUAUAUAUAUAGGGCAUAUGUUUCCUAUUAGUAGCCGGACAUAAAAGAGGAGGUAAUGAUUAGCUAUCCCGAAAUUCAAAAAAGGACUGGUCCAUAUUUCGCAAACUUGAUAAAGUUUGAAGCAAUCAAAAAAAAACAGAUACCAUGACAAGAAGGCAUACUAAAAUAAGUACUGUUGCAGAGUUUGAUGGUAUUUGGAAGAAUAAUUAAAAGCGUUGGAGAUUCGAAAAAGUAGGAAACAUUUAUGGAGCUUUUGAGCAGCGUACCCGAAAACCAUUCUCUUGAUAUUUGGUUGAAUACCCGGUGAGUAUUCAACCAAAUAAGCUCAAACUCUUAACACAGCACUAAUUGGAGGUGGUCUUUCAUAUGGUGAGGUUCAGUUUCAACAAGUGAACUCGUUCCCAGUUUAUUUUUCAAUUUCUGAAAGGCCAAUUGAGUAAAGCUAAGGAUAAGCAUCAUUCAUUACAUGCUAUUUCAUUCAGUCAAGCUCCAUUCAGGG